AACCCAAACCAUGAACAGGUCAGUCAACAUAAACAAACCCAGAAACUUCUUUUUCAACUGCCAAUCUGCCAGCCUUUACCUGCUGCGCAACCUUCUUUUUUCUUUUUCCUUUUUCUUUAGUUACCAAAUUCCCACCCUCUUUGCAUUGAUUCUUCUCUUCCCUUCAAGCGUCGUCGUUUAGCUUUAAACGAAACGAAACGAAACGACCGAUACAGCCUGCGCCAUUCAUCGUUCGACUCCCUCACUUUCUUCCUUGAAAAGUUUUUCAAUCAGCUUUUACUAUUUUUACUUCCCAUGUUGGUUCCUCAUCCCCGCAACUCUAGGGUUUACAUUGCCCCGUUCUUCUUCUUCUUCAUAUUCCACACCUUCUUCACUGGGUCAAUUUUAUGUGCAGAAGUGUCGCUGAGUUCAAUUGAGAUAUUUAAGACUCACGAGUGGCUGAAAGUGACUCCAACUGUUUAUUUCUUGUGCAAAGGGGAGAACAAAACGGUGUUUCCAGAUGUGAAAAAAGCCCACGUCUUCUAUGAUUUUAAUGGUCAAGAAUCUUGGCAGCCUUUGACCAACUUUUCAAGUAAAAAAUGCAAGAGGUGUGGAUUCUAUGAAGAAGACAGCAUUAAAUCUGACGACGUGUUUGAUGAAUGGGAGUUUUGUCCUUCAGAUUUUACUGCAUCUAAUGCUGAAUAUAUCCGGUUCAAGGAAAAGGAAUUCAAUGCUACUUUCCUAUGCUCAGAGUGCUUAUCUAUACCUGGUGUUGCUAGCUUGUCUGGUGAGCCUGGUAGGAACGCAAUGCAUGUAGCAGUUGUAGUUUUGCUAUGUGGCUUAGUCUCAGCUAUAUUGGCGGUUGGAGUGGUCAUCGCAUAUAAGUUCUGGCAAAAGAAAAGAAGGGAGCAGGAUCAGGCGCGGUUCCUAAAGUUAUUUGAAGAUGGAGAUGACAUUGAGGAUGAGCUGGGCCUUGGUACUGUGAUAUGAUUAUAAUCAUAGUAAAACAAAUACCUACUGUACAGUAUAGGUUAGGAACAUCAUUUUUGUUUAUAGAAAAGAAAGGAUGAGAAAAAUUAUUUUCAUUCUAGUCUGACAUGCUAUCACGAUCCAUAUAGAUACUUUUUCAUUUUAUCAGAGUUAAAGAAUGGUGCCAUUGACAUUGUUCAUAUUUACUUGUACAUGCUAACAUAUGCUAUGUAUGUACUUGUCAA